AUGAAGUUGAUGUGCAAAACACCACUACAUGUUGUCACUUACCCUGUCGGGCUCAAUCCUCGGGUUGGUGAUGUGAUGAGACACUUAGAAAUUGAUGCUAAUGAUGUUCGAAUGAUUGGGAUCCAUGGAAUGGGUGGCAUUGGUAAGGCAACUCUUGCCAAGGAAGUGUUCAACAAAAUACGUUCCCAAUUCCAUGCCAGCUGUUUCCUCUUAGAUGUUAGAGAGUCUUCAAAAAUAAAUGGAGUUGUUGACUUACAGAGACAACUUCUUAAGGAACUUUUUGAUGAAGAAGAUCCAAGUAUAUAUAAUGCUGAUCAAGGCAUCAAUGUUAUUAAGAAUAAGAUUGGGUCGAAGAAAGUUCUUGUUGUAUUUGAUGACAUUGAUGAUGACAAACAACUUGAAAAAUUGGCUGGUAACCGUGAUUGGUAUUGUCAAGGAAGUAGAAUUAUCAUCACUACCAGGGAUGAGCAUGUGUUGAAUGUGCAUAAUAGGGUAGACAGUAAUCAUAUCUACAAGCUCGAGGUAUUGGAUCGCGUACAUUCUCUUGAACUCUUUAGUUGGUGCGCAUUCCAGAGUAAUCAACCGAUACCAAAAUUUGUGCAACUCUCUAAGGAUGUAAUAUCCACUGCUUGUGGGCUUCCCCUGGCUCUUGAAGUUUUGGGAUGUUACUUAUGUGACAAAUUAAACAUUGAAGAGUGGGAAGAUGCAAUAAUGAAGUUGAAAACAAUUCCUGCAGAUGAUGUUAUGCGAAAGCUUAAAAUAAGUUAUGAUGAUUUGAGUGAAGAAGAGAAGCAUAUGUUUCUUGAUAUUGCAUGCUUCUUUAUUGGAGAAAAAAGAGAUUAUACAAUUAAUAUAUGGAAAUGUUGUGGUUUCCCUGCUUCAAUUUCUAUAAAAAAGCUCUUGCAAAGGUCACUAAUAAAGAUUGAAGAUGGGGAUGAGUUGCAGAUGCACGACCAACUUCGUGAUAUGGGAAGACGAAUUGUUGAAUUAGAAAACCUAGAUGAUCAUGGAAAGCGUAGUAGGUUAUGGUUUAGAGGAGAUGUCAUUACUGUGUUGAAGAAUCACAAGGGAACUCGUAAGGUUCGAGGCCUAAUGAUCAGCGGGAUUGAAGACGAGAAGAUUUGGGAAACUGAAGCAUUUAAAGCAAUGAACAAUUUGAAGCUACUCAGCAUCAGACACGCUUGUCUUAAUGGAAGCUUGAAAGAUCUUUCAUCAGAGUUAGUGUGGCUAGAAAUAACGGAACAUCCGUGGCAGUAUCUCCCAGAAAAUUGUAGCUGUGAAAAGCUAGCUGUCCUCGACUUGACAAACAGUAACACUGUGUCGAAGAACAACAUCAAGCAGCCCUUCCCGAAGUUGAAGGUCCUUGAUCUUACCAGGUGCCUUAACUUAGAAAGAAUUCCCGACUGUUCUCAAUACAUGAACUUGAAGCAGUUGAUUCUUGAAGGUUGUAAAAGCUUGGUUGAGAUUCCCGACUCUAUAGGGCUUUUAAGGGAUUUAGUUUAUCUGAAUCUUGAGGGAUGUUCCAACCUCAAGAAACUGCCAGAAAACUUUGGACAGCUUACAAGUUUAAGGACUCUCAAUUUAAACAACAACUCCAAUCUGACAAGGCUUCCAUCUACUUUCUCCGGUCUUUGUUCCUUGAAGGAAUUGUUCGCAAAUGCUUGUAAUCUGCAAGGGGUGAUUGCUGAUGACUUUGAAAAGUUGCCCAAAUUGAAGAAGUUGAAUCUCUCCCGCAACAAGAAUAUCCAAGGCCUUCCUAGGAGCAUGAGGGGCCUUUCUCAAUUAGAAGAGAUGCGUAUAAGUUUUUGUGAGCAGCUCGUAACCAUACCCGAGCUCCCCAAUAGUUUGAAAUGUCUAUAUGCUAACCUCUGCUAUGAGGUGCAAACCAUGCCGGAGUUAUCUCAUCUUUCUCAACUAAAAACACUGUAUUUAGCUUUCUGUAAGCAGCUGAUAGCUAUUCCUGAGCUCCCCACCAGUUUAAAUUAUUUGGAUGUUUCUCACUGUGUUAAUCUGUUAGCUAUUGGGAAUCUUUCCACCACUUUGGAAUCUUUGAAGGCUUCCCACUGCAUAUCUUUGCAAAUUAUACCCGACCUCUCUCAGCUUUCUCAACUUGAAGAAUUGGAUCUCACAGACUGUAAGGGAUUGAUUGAGAUACAGGGCCUCAGUGGGUUGAAAUCUUUGAAAACUUUGCACUUGCAUGGGUGCGGCCCUCAUGCUUUGAGGGGUCUAACGCUAGCAGAGGAAAUAUUUGCUGGGUUAGAAUGCUUAACAGUUCCCGGAAGCAAGGUUCCAAAUUGGUUCCAGGUUAAGUGGAUAACGCAGGACAGCAGUGUGUCGUACAGAGUGUCGGGGGUUCCAGAUGAAGGCAAAUAUAUCAGAGGACUGAUGCUGUGCUUUGCUACUCAUUCUGGUUGCACCUACGACGUCUAUCCCGUGGAAUUAUUGAUGAAGAGCGAAAAUGGAGUAAAUUGUAUUUACAUCAUUACUAAUUCUUCCAGAGACCCACCAACAUCAAAUUUAUUUUUACCAUUUACGACCUGGCCAGACUGACAAUCUCCCCAGGCGGUUGAAAAAUGGGGAUGAAAUUUUACUCGUAGAACAUGAAGGAUUAAGUAGAUUGGUUGUGAGAUCUCCCUGCAAUUUUUUGAAGGAGGUAGGAUUCCAUCCUGUUUGGGAAUCAGAAGAUCGCGAGGAUUCCAUCCCAGAAAAACUCGCAGAAUUCUUCAAUUCAUUGUUUCUUCAAUGACAAUUUGCAGCUACAUAAUUUCGAAAGGCACGAAUAAUUUUUGGUUUAGAUUGCCAAACUAUGUUCUCUUCUAAUAUAACAGAUGGAUUCACAAAUGGCUUCAGUAUCCGCUGCCUUUUUAUUCAGUGAAAUACAUGCUUUUGUUUUGCCUCUUUCCAUUCUUUUGAUUCCCAAAUGCAUCCCCUAAAUAAAAUGGUGCUAAAAAAAUUAUCUUGAAUCUCGACCAGCCCUGAUUUAUAUUUGAACUGAAAAAAUCAAGGUCUCUCUCUCCAUGUGUCUGCCUGGGGACAUGUCAGCCAUUAUAGUUCUUUUAUGGCUUGAUAUGGUUGAAGAGUUCUAUAGAUAUCUGAUUUUUUUUUAAACAUGUUUUCUUAUGUUUUUUGUGUAUGGCAUAAAUUUGCCAUGGGCUGUCAUUUUUCAUGAUGCUUUUGGUUAUUUCCUUGUUUAGAUGGUGUGAUUGAGAAAUUCAAGAGCACAAUUUUGGUGAAAGUAAAUAUUUGAGGGAUUAGCUUCUUCCAUUUACGUGUCUUUUCUAUUAGAUCAGAAAAUCAACUUCUUACCUUGUGACAGAAUAAAUGUCUCACCAACUAUAAAAACCUUUCAUAGCCUUCUGAUAAAACCGGUAUUCCUCUCAAAAACCUCCUCAUUCUAACCAUGUUCUAAAUGCUUCUAUGAAAUGUGGUCCUCUUUUUCACGCCAAACACUUGUUUGUUGAAAUUCGUGAACCAAAUCUAGUAUCAGUUUUCCCAUCAUUUAUGCUUAUUCAUGCUUAUUCUCACUCUAACCAGCCCAAAACUACUUAAUUCUACUAAUCCAGCUGUAAACUUGUGGCUUAUCACCAUAUGAAUUUGGCUUCUCAAGCCAUUUGAUGGCUUUUCAAAUUCAAAGCUGCAAAUCAAAGCAUGUAAACUCACGCACAGCUGAUGAUCCCGGCUUCUAGUUCAGACCCAUUUGUCCAAGCAACUGCAAUUUUUUUUUAUGCUGUUAAAUUAUUCUUGAUGAAAAAUCAGUCAUCCAGGAACACUCGAUGAAAAAUCCAAAGUAGACUUAACUCCAUGUCAUCUUCGGCAGCAUGUCUUCCUUUUUAAAAUUAUGUGAAUUGUAGCAAAAUAACGGUAAGCUUUUGAAUUUUUUUCUCUCUGAUCCAGAACCCUAAAACUCUCUCCUUUUCUAUCAAACUAUUUAUCUAGCUAUCUCUUGGCCUCCAUAACAACCGAGUGAAGUGCUACAGUUGUGGAAGCCUUCCACAAAAUAGAUACACUGCUAAUGUUGCUCUAUUACGACUUGAUCCAUGAUGAUAUCCUUGGCAGGGACACCCCUAAACUCAGUUGGAGGAAGGGCCCAUUAGAUGAUGAUAUCUCUAAUGUCUUCACUCGGAUCAAAUUGUUUGUCUUACAACCCUGGAAGAUCCUUUCAUUCCGCUGUUUCAACUUGCACCGUGGAAUCCUUGGAGGCAAAGCUGCCAUGGUAGACACUGUUUCCAGCAAAGUAGCAGAGUUGCAGCAAUGACGCUCAACAGUUGAUCAUCCUCUGGUUUAAGUUGCAGCAAUGGCGCUCAACAGUUUGAUCAUCCUCUUGUCAUUGGAAGUGAACUUCUUUGUUUUUCAAGCUGGAAUUAAUUUUUAACAUCUUUAUCUCCACAAUUGUCUUUUCAUUAUUUAAUUAGAAUAAUUUUAUAUUACUUUUUUAUAUUACAUCAUCGGGCUCAGCCAAUUCGCCUAUUCACUUUCUCUAAUAAAAUAUAAGGAAAUUAUCGCUAAUAUACUUAUAUUUUAAGGAAAUUGAUAAAAAAAACUC